AUGGAAUCACAAUUGGGAUUGAUUGAACAAUCAUUUGACUUAAGAUACUCAGGAUGGGUUAGGGAAGCUCUAAAUGAAUUACCUGACAGCUUCACUAUAACUGAUCCUUGCAUUUCCGGGCACCCGAUCGUGUUUGUUUCGAAUGGAUUCUUGAAAAUAUUCGGUUACUCUAAGGAUGAGGUGAUUGGGAGAAAUGGGAGGGUGUUUCAAGGGCCUGAGACUGAUAGAAGGUCAGUUAUGGAGAUUCGGGAAGCAAUUCGAGAGGAGAGGGCUAUACAGAUUAGUCUGUUGAAUUACAGGAAAGACGGGACACCAUUUUGGAUGUUGUUUCAUAUGUGUCCGGUUUUCAGUAAGGAGGAUGGUAGAGUGAUUAAUUUUGUGGGAGUUCAAGUGCCUAUUCCCAAGAGGCCAAGGCAUUCUGGACACACUGCCGUGAAUUCAUGUGAAAAUGGAGCACAGUUAUACAAAGGCGCGUUCAGGUGUUGUAGGAGGGAGGUCUGCUCGGAUACGGUCGUGGAACUAGGACGUGCAUCGGCUCUGGAUUCAGUAUCAAAUCCUGAUGAUGGAGAAGUAGGGAUUAAUGAUCCUUGUGAGGCAAGAGAACUAGAGAAGCGAAAAGCCAAUGCUGCUGCUAGUAAUAUUUUGUCCAUCCUGACCCGCUAUAGUGAGUUGUCUGGCAAAUUGGUGUGUGGAAAGUGCUGCUCCGUAUCUGGGAUGGGACUACUUGGUUCAUCCUUAAAUAUAUCUCUUGGUAGAAUCAAACAAAGCUUUGUAUUAUCUGAUCCGCACUUACCUGACAUGCCAAUAGUGUAUGCAAGUGACAUGUUCUUGGAAUUAACUGGCUAUGCUAGACAUGAAGUAUUGGGGCAUAAUUGUAGAUUUUUAAGUGGGCUGGAUACAGAUCCUGCAACUCAAUAUCAGAUAAAGGAAUAUAUUCGAACAGAGCAACCAUGUACAGUACGUAUUCUAAAUUACAGAAAAGAUAAGACUCCGUUUUGGAAUUUACUUCAUAUUUCACCUGUCCGGAAUGCUACGGGAAAGGUAGCAUACUUUGUCGGGGUUCAAAUAGACGAUAGUUGUAAGAAUCAAGAGGAGAAUGGGUUGAGUCCACAUAGGAGGCAGCUUGGUGUUGUGGGUGCCGUUAAGGUUGCUGUGAGGAGCUUGUCAAUGGGUGCCAGCACCUCCUAG